AUGGCGCUUAAAAGAUCACGAGACGACGACAAUUCGCGUCCAGCAAAGAAGCAGAACAAGGGGUUCUCCGUUGGACCCGCGAACUUGCCAGACGGGACCUACAAGCGCAAAGUCCAAAAAAUAAAGAAAGAUCUCAUACACAAGGCCAAAGUCAAGAAGUCCUACGCCAAAAUCAAGCAGCGCGAGCUCAACGGACAUCCCCCUUCAGCGACUGCGGCCGGUGAAGACGGCGCAGACGGUGCAGACGCCCCAGAACCCGCUUCAGAACCACCCGCAACUCUAGAACUCCACCCCUCCCGACAAGCCCGCCUUGACCGCUCCCCCUCCCCACCUAUCCAAAACGUAGAAACGAAGGACCGCACCAGGCCCCGAGAGCGUAAGCCCAAGAAACCCCGCCACGAGACCUUCGGCAAAGAAGCGGCGUACGCGGCUCAGCGCAAAGCGGAAGCAGAAGCGCGGCAGGCGGCGCGCGAGGAGGCUGAGCGGCAGCGAGAGGCGAAGUUGGCGGAGCGGGAGCGGUUUCGGAAGGCCAUGGCGAAAGCGAGGGGAGGUGGGAGGGAUGGCAAGCGGAAGUUGGGGAGGGAGAGUGGACUUCUGCUUGAGAAGGUUAGGAGGGUUGUGGGGGGCAAGGGGUGA